AUGCAGAUUCCUGAUAUCGAUGUCGAUAUCGAUGAAGGCCUCAUGAGCGCUGUCAAGCACACGCAAAAGAAAGGAAAAGAAAAGGAACUAUGGUCACACACCUCCCAACCAAUCGACAAUGAAUUUUCAAGCGACGAACCUGUCGAUGAGAUCUCUGAUUCUCGACCUAGUCACAAUGACUCGGAGAAGGACAGUGAGGAGGAGGAAAUUGAAGACGACUUGGAGGAGCCCAAGUCCUUAUCAGCCGAAACACCAGUGUUUGUUUCGAGGUCGAAGGCAGAACAGACUGACCUCCCUUUGACCCAACCCACCUGGCCUCGUACAACUACCUCGAAGGAGCUGAUGCGGGCGGCUCAACCAUUCCCCUUUCCGUCGGCUCAACCAAGGGCUACCAAGAAAACAAAAUCUAAGUCUGCGCGUGAUCGUAAACGAGCAGAUGAGACACCUGUUUGGGCAGAUACUCAAGUCGUCGUGUCAGAUGAGGAACAUGAGCCCAUCAUGGUGUUAGACGACUCCGAGGAGGACAACCCAGAUCACUCUAGAAGGCCCACACUUGUAUGGACAGACACUGGUAAGUUGAAGCUGAUGGACCAAGAUAUUGACACCCGUCGUGUGGUCCAAAGAGCGAUCUUGGAGGCAAAAGUUCACUUGACAUUUGUCAACGGCUAUCCGGAGCUCACCGAGAAGAGCCUGUUUACGCGGGACGCACUCUUAACAGCAGCUCGCGCCUGCAGUGUCCUGCCCAUCAAGGAUCGCCUCAAGUCUGAUGACUCGUAUGUGACAGCUCUCGCCACGCUGAUUGAAGCCCGAGUGCCACUUUUCCGCACUGAAUUAAAAGACGACGCUUGUGCUCAAGUGACGUCAUACUAUCGUCUUGGCCCUGAUUGUGUCGACACUGCGAAGGCUUUGCUGGUCAACCACGUCUACCAUUAUGAACAGCAUUUCAAUGAGAAGAACGACCCCAUUCCACAGCCAAAAAAGCCAUACUUCGCUGAUAUCUUACCAUAUCUAAUGAAGGGGCGCUACUUCAAUGGGCUAAAGUCAGUUGGCAUGAAAUUUUCAGACCGUUUCAAGGAGAUUGCGCAAAACAAGGCCCAGCGGCCCGAAGUUACAAUUCCAAUGGUCGCCUUAACGAGUACUUCGGUGUAUGCUGCACUCUUCUGGAAGGCUAAUGGAUCUCCAUCGAAAUUCAAUUUUACUGGCAAUCUAUUCAGCGAGGUCUACUUUUUUCAUGUGAAAUUUCUUGAAGACAUGAAGGUGACAGCGCCGCGCAAGUUUCACAAGAUGAUGGCUGACAUUUUCGAGGCUAUCCAGAAACUCUGCACCCAUGGCAACAACGCUUUAGUUGGAUCACACGAGUCUGCGAUGGCUUUCCUCGAUAUUGCUGGCAUGGAUGACGAGGAGUAG